AUGAUGGGACAAGCAAUUAAUCAGAAUAUUGAAAGCGACGGUCCAUAUUCUAAUCAUAUUACUAAUGGGAUUUUCUUACCUUUGCUCUGUUUAAUUCCCACUAGACAAGAACGUGAAGAUGAAGAUGAUGGAGAUGAAUCUCCUAAUCCUUGUUCUAACAUUAUUCACUCUCCUCUUCUUGCCAAUGGCAGCGACUCCAUAGUGGGUUUGAAGUACCCAGCAGUUUUCAACUUCGGCGACUCCAACUCCGACACCGGCGAGUUAUUCGCCGGCCUCGGCGUACGACUCGGCCUUCCCUUCGGCAGUACUUAUUUCCACAAACCAUCUUCCAGGAUGUGCGAUGGCCGUCUCGUCCUUGAUUUUCUAAUGGAAGCAAUGGGGCUGCCAUUUCUAAAUCCAUAUUUGAAUGCAAUUGGGGCUCCAAGUUUCAGGAAUGGAUGCAAUUUUGCAGCUUCGGGUUGUACUGUACUUCCAGCUACUGCACAAUCUGUGUGCCCCUUUUCAUUUGGGAUUCAAGUGGCUCAGUUUCUGAGACUCAAGGCUGAGGUUCUUCAACUGCAAUUAGAGACCAAAGAACUUGACAAGUACCUUCCACCAGAGGAUUUUUUCAAUGAGGGGCUUUAUAUGUUUGAUAUAGGCCAGAAUGAUUUUUCAAUUGACUUGGAUUCCAUGUCAUUGCAUCAAGUCCUUGCUUUGAUUCAAACAAUUUUAGCAGAAUUUGAAGCUGGAAUUAAGAAACUAUAUGAUGAGGGGGCACGGAAUUUUUGGGUUCACAACAUGGGUCCUGUCGGUUGCAUUGCUCAGAAAAUUGCUUAUUAUGGAACCGAUCCACCGAAGCUUGAUGAGCACGGGUGCGUGAGCUCACAUAACCAGGCUGCAAUAAUUUUCAACCUGCAGCUCCAUGAACUCUGCAGAAAAUUGCAGAGCCAAUACACGGAAGCAAAUAUAACAUAUACCGACAUCUUUACAAUAAAGUUUGAUCUCAUUGUUAACUAUUCUCGGUAUGGAUUUAAGCAACCAAUAAUGGCAUGUUGCGGGUAUGGAGGUCCACCAUUGAACUAUGAUAGUCAGAUCCUGUGUGGUCAAACACGAUUCUUCAAUGGGAGUUCAGUCACAGCCCAAGCGUGCAAUGAUAGUACUGAAUAUGUGAGUUGGGACGGAUGUCAUUUUACGGAGGCUGCAAACCGGCAUAUCUCAUCACAAAUUCUUACGGGAAAAUUUUCUGAUCCACUCUUCUCAGCAACGAUGCCUUCCCUUUUCAACAACUUUUGAAAACCAAGACAUUUCUUGGAUGCAACUCGCUGCUUCUUGGAAACACGAGCAUGGUAUUGUGCAAUAGGAACAACGAAAGCGAUCACUAAUAAACCUCCAACUGCAAGACCGAACUGUCAACACUUUUCUUCCAUCUGGUUUUGAAGUUGGAAGUUGGACUUUCUUAUGUUGUCUUUGAACCUUCGCCCUUCAGGAUUAAUGUUGUCCAUCAAUGGCAUCUACUAAUCGUUUGGCGCUGCUAAAAACUGCUCCAUUGUACUUCUCUUCUUUAGCCAUGACUGUAUUUUCUAUGAUCUUCGCAAUGUUGCAAGAAUUACAAAAGAAUUUCAGCUAAUUAAAUAAUCCUUUAUGGUAUUGUUUUCAUUU